AACCAUUGACUGUGAGGGCUGCUCCUUUUCACUUGAUUGUGGGAGGCGGAAAUGUAUUGGCUGAAACCUAAAAGUCCUGGAUUUCGACAUACACCCUUAGGAGAAUUUGUUAUUUUUACCGCGCUAGCCAGAAAGUGAUGAAGUAAAUCAUGAAUAAUAAGAAAGACAGCCUGUUCGGAAAUAAUCCCCCGCACACACACACAAAUAAACCCUGGCCCAACUCCCCCUCCUCCCUUCUUCCCUUCUUCGGUGUUUCAUAUUUUGACGCUGCCGCGACUUUUCCGAAAAGCCGAUCAGAUCUUAAGGGCGCCGGGGCUGUCAUUGGUGGGAAGUCAGCUAGCGACUGGUCGGCGGGGGCUUGGGGGCGUGGCCGAUAUAUUACCCGCCGUGUUCGGGGGACGCUCGGAAAGCAUAUUCCUCACCACCAUCCCACCCCUUUUCUCGCAGUGCUGUUCGACGGAGUUUGGCUGCCGGGCUUUCUUAUGACCAAAUUGCGGAACGACUGAGGAGGAGACGAGACGAGACGGAAGGACAGACCCUGACAGAGAGGAUGCGGCAUUGUAGGAGAACAGGAAGCCGUUUCCGCGCUGGGGCCGGAAGCGUGGCGCUCGGUACGCUUUCUCAGAGGCACCCCGGGGAAUUCCUGCUUGCUCCCUGCUUUUAAUGCCUUUAGAUAGUGGAGGAGGUAACCCCUCUUUUCUCCCCAAGCCGCUUCUCGCUUCUUUGAGAUAAGAAAAACCGAAUAUGCACCUUAGAUAUCCGAAAUUAUGAAGUGAAAAAAUGGUAGAUGUCUGUGUUGAUAAACGCAGCAAUAAACUAUUGGUGGAUGUGCGAUUCAUGCCGCUGUGGCUCUCUUAUGAUUUAAUCAGGCAUAAGAACCUGGAAAACGUCGUGAUAAAUCGGGCUUAAGUUAACGAUCAGUUAGUUAUUUGUAAAUAUACUUUUCAGGCAAAUUUUGUUGUAGCUUAGGGUGGUUUUUACUUAGAUAAAACCUUCAAGAUAGAAGAAGAAACAUGACAAGGAACCGCUGCUCUAAGAAGUUUAUGUAAUCAAAUUUUACAGCUUUUCUCUGGAAUAUAAAUGGCUUAAAGUGCAAUCCUGUGGAUAUCUAUUCCAAAAUAAGCUCUUCUGAGUUCAGUUGGAUUUAUUCCCAGGCCUUUGUUAAUAGAAAAUGUCAGUGAAUAACUUCUUUGGAAAUAAGAAGAGAAACAGCUCCAUAUUAUAUGAUGUUGACCAGACAAAAAUUACUUCACCUCUCCAGAGAUCUAUAAGCCAUAAUAAUAUUGGAAAUCAUGGUGAAGGCUUCCCACCAAACAAGCGUUACAAAAGUGUUGUUUCAUCCAAAUGUAAAGAAACGGAAGAUCCAUUUGGGGAUAAUGAUGAUUUUACAGUAGAUGACUUGAAGGAGAUAGACAUUAUUUCUUCCCAGGCAUUGACACUAGAUGUUUCUUCAGAAACAAAUUUGUUGAAAACGGAGCAAAAUGCUCAGUUGCCUGUUUUUCCGAAUAGCAUCAAUCAAUUCAAAACACCUGAUCAAUGGAAUAUUACUCUAACAACUGAAACAAAACCAUUUGAAAACAGCAUACCGGUAGAAGAAAUGAAACUUAAAGAAAUAUUUAAACUUGAAACACUCCAAGCACAAUACAAGGAGGCCAUGAAAAAGUUGAAAGAAAUGCAGGAUGAAAUCCUUAUUAAAAAUGGAGAAAUAAAAAUUUUGCGGGAUUCAAUGCAGCAGAUGGAAUCUACUGUGGAGGAUCAGCGGAAAUCAUACAUAUUACUGGAAAGAGAAAAGACUCAGUAUUUAAAUGAAAAAGAAAAGGAAUUCUCCAAAAAGUUACAGUCACUGCAAUCUGAGCUACAGUUCAGAGAUGCUGAAAUGAAUGAGCUGAGAACAAAGAUUUUGAAUUGUGAAAGGAUUAAACCUGUGACCCCUGUUUCAUAUACCAGUCCUAAGAAAAGCCCCUCGAACCGUAUGAAAAUUGAAAAAUAUACUCAUGUUGAAAAAAAAAGUUACCCCACAGAAGAGUCUUUUGGAUCUCAGAUAUUACCAAUACCAUCUUGCUCCAGGACUCAAUCCCAUGUCCAAACUCCUCAGCAAAAUAGUGACAGCAAAACAAAUGUCCUCGUAACUGAGCCAGUGAAGCAAGAAAAAAGUUUCAGCUGUCCUCAGAAACCAGGUUCCCUUUUACUAAAUGCACUAAUGAAGCAGCCCCUUGUUCCAGGAUCAUCGUUAGGAAUCUGCAACCUUCUUAGCAGCAACACUGAAGUUUGGUCUGGAUCUGCUAUGCAGUCUGCUUCUUUCAGUGUAGGACCUACACCAACAUUCAGUAACAAGACUUCAAGCCCUCAGGAAGGUGAGAUUUCAUUGAGAACUACUCAAAAACUUGCCUUAACUGGAUUGAAUUUGAUUGCUGCAGCUGGAAGCUCUCUGGAAGGACAACAAAACAGAAGAGACGUGCCCCAUCUUAAGUGCUUUAAAAUUCCUGGAGCAGUUCAUCUUCUCCCCCUCCUGGAACUUCACAUUGGUGCCUAUAUCCAAGUCCUCUUGUCAAUGAUGAAGAUUGGGAGCAUUUCUUCUGGAAAUCAGUCUACUUGUUCCUCGAGGACAUCUUCAGGUGCAGCUUCAAGCGCAGAGGAAGCUUUAUCCACUCUUGAAGAAUAUGCACUCGUGUCACUGGGCAUUCUUUACUAUUUGGUGUUUUAUAGCUGGGAAGUUAUUAAUACCCUUCUGUCCCAUGAUACAAAAGCAGAUGUUAAUCCAGGAGCUACAGACAUUUCUGAGAAGAAUGAGAGUGUGGCUUGCAGUAAACAGGAUACAGAUAAUCUUCAGGAAACCCUCCCAGAAUUAGAGGUUGCCAGUUUGGACAAAUCUCAGCAUCCUUUGUUUAAAAAGCUACUACAAAUCUUAACCUUGUGUGUAACAUCAGCAGGAUGCCAGAGGUGCCAUAUCGCAAAUCAGUGCCUAAAGGUUUUGGUGAAAUUAGCUGAAAAGUCAACAGUUGACUUAUUAAUAAGCUUUCAGUGCUUGUUCAAUAGCCAGUCACAGAUCCUGCUUCGCUGCAUAUCUUCAGAAACUCCCUUGUUUGCUGUCCUUCUUACUGUUAGGAUGUUAAGUUUGCUUGCUGAGCAUCAGGAGCUGGCUGCUCGGUUCUGUUCACGUUCAGAAACUUGCCUACUUUUGGCAUUAUACAUGUACAUCACAUCACGCCCUGAUAAAUUAGCAUCUGAAGAGCUUUGGCUGCAGUUGGAACAAGAGACGGUCCGUUUUCUGACGAAGUGUAUGCAGUGUUGUAGAUCUUCUGUUUUACUUGUGGGAAUAGAUUGCCAGUGCACUUCUGAGGCAGUGAAAGCUCUGAUAGUAAUGUUACAUAGGCAAUGGCUUUUGAUCAGAAAAAUGGAAGGAAUCGUGUUCAAUGGACAUGAAAAGCAAAUUGUACAGUUUUUGAGGGAUGCUGUUUUGCUUCUGCAUGGUCUCUCCCAGAAAGAUAAAUUUUUCCACGAACAUUGCCUAGAAGUGCUCCACCAAUAUGAUGGUGUCUUGUCUGGGGUGACAGCAGUCCUGAGGAAAGGGCAGCAUUUAAAAGCUUGUGAAGAACUUGCACUGGAUGAACUGUAUCCUUUGGAGCCCGAAGUCAGUGACCAGGAAAUGGAUUGUAGAUAAUCGUCUUUCAAUAAUGUAUUUGUUUACUUUCCAGAAAAGGUUACUAUUGAAAUUGGAUUCAAUAUGCUUUUUAAAAUUUACAAUGUAAUGCAUAAAAUAUUUCAAAUAUUAAUUACCAGAAACCAUCACAAUCCAAGCAAUAUAUUACUUUUGUAUUGAAUAAAUUCCCAUAAUGAAACAUACAUUCCCCAAAAAUAUAUUAAAAAUGACAUCUAUAAUAUUAUUCUCAUUAAAUCUCCAAGUAGAACUUGAUGAAUCUCAUUUCUUUAGAAGAUAAUGCUUUAUGAAUUAGUAGAGAUUGUGUCUUUUUUAAUCAACAAGGACAUUUUAACGUGUAUUUCACUGGUCCAGUUAAAGAAAAAUGCUCAUGUUUUUGAAAAUACAGUUUCAUAUCUGAAAUUCUAUACUGUAUACCAAUGGGUAAAACUGAAAUAACUUGUGUUUAUUUCUGAAUAAAUCUCUGUAAAUACUAUAAAUGAAAGGCUAGAAGAUCCAGAUAAUAAGUAUUUGUAAUCUAUUGUUUACUACGAAAGGAAUGGUAAAAGAAAUAAAUUCUGAUUUUUUUUUUCCUGUGAUUAGAAAUUACAGUUAACAUUCUGUAUUUUCUAGUGUCCAUUCCUUUUGGAGAAUUGCAGUUCGUUUCUAUUCUCCACAGGAAAUUUUUAAUCCUUAAUUUAAGUGGGAUUUGGAUUCUGUGUAUCAAAUACCAUAUAGAAAUAAAAGAGCUCCUUAGAAGUCGGAUGAAGUUAAAAUGUGCUGUAGUAGCUUUACUCAAGAAGAAUGGCUUAUGUAUCACAGUAAUACAAUCCCAGAAUUUUAGCAUUCACUUGUUAAAUGAGAAAAGCACAUCUUAAUAAUCAACAGUUUAUUUUUAUCCUAAGGUUAGUAACCAACAUUUUUCAUCAGUUUCCUCUGUUACAUAUCUAGUCUCAAUGUGAUGAAAUAUACCCUAUAAUAUUAUUAAUUAAUAAUAAUAUUAAUUUUCAGAAUCUCUUAUUUUGUAUUGUUGCAGUCUAUUGUAAGAAUUACAUACUGUAGUUGAACAUUAACACUUAACAAUCUUUGACUGAUAUUGAAAAAGUAAAUAGUAUUAGACUGGAUUAAUAUUUAGUGGGAAGUCAUGAGACACCUUUAGGAAGUUUUUAAAGAAAAAAAUAUAGGAAAAGGCAAUGACAAACCACUUCUGAACUGUUGCCAAGAAAACAAAAUUGAUGCUUCCAUGAAGUCACCAGGAUAUUUUACUCUGCAAGUUGUUCCAAAGGUGCUUUUUCAAGAGGCAACUGGCGACUAUUCUGCAAGUUAUCUGUUUCAAGUCUGGUGGUGGAACUACAGCUCCAGGCAUUCACAGCCAAGCUGUUGUAAUGUUUAUGCUAUGAAUAGGAUAGGAUAGGAUAAACAGUUCGAAGGAACCUUGGUCCAACCCCCUGUUUAGGUAGGAAAC